GUCCGCUGGUUUUCCUCCGUCUGAGUUAUGUUCGGCCGUCUCGUAGCUUUCGCGACCUUCUCGCUCGCCCUCGCGCAGGGCGCGCUCGCGUCCAACUCCAAGCGCGGCCUCACCUGGUCCCAGGGCAGCAACAACACCGGGGACAUCUCCGUAGCUGAGAACACCCAGGUCUCGUGGACGUACGACUGGGGCCAGACGGUGCCCGACUACCUCAAGAACUCGGGCCUCACCUACAUCCCUAUGCAGUGGGGCUCUAGCGGCAUCGAGGGUUUCCAGGCUGCCGUUCAGGCCCAGGGCGCGAAGACCGUUCUCGGCUUCAACGAACCCGACUUCUCCUCCCAAUCCAACCUGGCGCCCGCUCAAGCCGCGUCGCUGUGGGAACAGUACAUCCAGCCGCUCAAGGCGGACGGUGUCGCACUCGGCGGGCCCGCCGUGACCGCGGCGCCAUCGGGCAUCCCCUGGCUGCAGCAGUUCCUCGGGAACUGCACGAGCUGCACGUUCGACUUUAUACCGCUGCACUGGUACGGCGACGGCGUCGGCAACUUUUACAACUACAUCUGGGAGUUCCACGGCGAGUUCCCCAGUUAUCCGAUCUGGGUGACCGAGUUUGCGUCGACUUCGACGAAUGUGACCGAGGUUAACAGCUUCUGCAACGCGUCGAUCGCCUACAUGGACAGCUUGGACUGGAUUCAGGGCUACUCCUGGUUCGCGUUCUUCCGCGACGACGGGACCUCCUACUACAACCUCCUCGACGCGAGCGGGAAGCCCAACGCGCUCGGCACGACCUAUCUGACCAGCACGAUCGUCGACCCUCCCAGCUAA